UCAUUUUCCUUCCCCGAUGGGCGAUGGCGAUAGCAAUGCGUAACUUUUCCACAAUAAAUAAGUAAAAAACACGACAUUAAAGUGUCUUGUUCAAAUUUGCCGAAAAAGACCAGAAAAAAGUGUUUGUUAGAAUUUUCUUAGCUACAACGCUACCAAAAAUAUAUAAAAUUCAUGGCGAUUUUCAGGUUGAAUCUUUGUUACUACAAAAUUUAGUGAGAUUUGAAGAGCUAGAGCUUACUCCUUUAAUUUUGAUCCAAUUACUUGCCUUUAUUAAAUGAGAAUUGAAAAUAUUUUCAUAGGUUUCUCAGUUUUGUUUACUUAUUUUCCAUGGAAGAGAAAAAGGGUUAUAAAGGAAAUUUAGUAGUUUCGAGUCCUAAAGCAUUUCCUAGGAGUAGUUACAGGCAAAUAACUGCCUUGAGGAAUCGUAUAGAUGUUAAGGAUGCAGCAGGUCAUGUCGCAAUGUUUUUACUCAAAGUUGCUGCAUUAGAAACGGUUAGAAGGUUCUCAAAGGCUAAGUGUCCCUUUUUAUGGCGCGGUAUUCAGGCUCUUCAAGUUGUAUGCUAUCCGCCCGUUAAUCGUAUUCAGAAAUGGGCUCCCUUUAAGGGUUUGGUUAAAGGAAUGCAGAUGUUUUCGAGGCCACUGUUGGUUCUUUCUAUCGCGACAGCAUUUUCUGAUCAAGAAGAGUUUAAUGGUCAAGCCUCGGAUGUUAGUAGUGGUUCUCCAGUGAAUCCAGAAUCACAUUCUGAGGAACUUUCUUUGCCGUCUGCCUUGGGUGCAAGUAAUGAAGCUUCCCAAACUCCAGAGUGUGGAAGCUGGUUGGAUCAACUCCACAAGGAGCUGGAAAAUCAAGGAAUUAGUUUACCAGAGAGAAUCAAUGAUGAAGAUCUCCAUAGAUUUUAUGCAGCUGCAAAUGGUGACUUUUUAGUUUUGCUAUCAUCAAUUAAAAAGACAAUCAGAUGGAGGGAGACAUAUAGAAUUCUUUCUCAAGAAGAGCUUGAGACAUGGGCGAACAUGGUAUUUUGGCAUGGAUAUGAUGUCAUGCAUCGACCUUGCCUUAUUGUAAGGCUUGGGCUAGCGUGCUCAAGCUUGCCAUUUCAUGAUAGACCCCGUUUUGCUCAGGCAGUCGGCAAAAUGGCUGUUGCUGCAGUAUCUCAAGUAGAGCAUGGAGUUAUGCAUUUAGUCAGUCCAGAAAAUCCUGAAGUUACAGUUUUAGUAGACUGUGAAGGAUUAUCUCCUUUAAGAAUUCCCAUACAAAUAAUGAGAUCUUGUUCUUCCCUCUUGCAAGACCACUACCCCAACCGUCUUGGCUGUCUGUUUGUAAUACGGCUUCCUCCAGUUGUUCGUGUCAUUGCUCAGACUUUUAUUCAGACCUGUGGCUUUCCUCAGGUUUUGAAACCAGUUACUCGGAAAAAGUUAAAAAUUGGAGGAGAAAUGUACCGCAAGGUUCUCUUGGAGAAUCUUCAGACACUUCCAUCAUAUCUUGGUGGAGAUUGCAGGUGCUCAAAAUGUUCAAAUAUUGGUAUUCAUGAUGUGAAGCAUCCACGCAUGGACUGGAUCAACAAGAUACAGGCAAAUGAAGAUGCUAGCAACAGUGAGGAUACAGCCACACCUAAUGUAAUUUGUCAGGAUGAUAUUGACCAUAGUGUGAGCUGUGACCAGGUAUUGAGAACUGCCAUAAUUGGCCUGCUCAUGUUGUGGGUUCUUAUAGCCUUCAUUGCAGGAUUAUACGAUCCUGAAAGCCAUUUCUUUCAAUCUCAAUAAGAUGAAAGUGUCACCUUUUAUUACGUAUCAUCAAGGCAUUUUCUUGUUUGAGGCUGCGCAUUUUUAUAUUGUUUUUUUGUGUCCAUUGUGUUUAAAUCUUUUCUGCUGAAAUUUGAUGCUGUAUUAGGAAAACUAAAUUCUUUUGAUCGUCCAGCUGAAUAUGCAGCUCUAUGACGUUGUCCAUAUCAAAAAGUUCUAUAUAAGGUAAAGUUAAUAUGACAUUCUCAAUUCUCAAUGUCAAUUCUCUCUGCCAUAAUAUGGUUACUGAAUUUUAUGGUCUCUUUCGCUAGCUAUAAUGUAUUGACCAUAGCAUGGGAACAAAUUAGCAGCAACCAAGCAACGGUGCUGAAAAAAAUUAAAUGGUAUAUAUGAAUCUGCCUGGUUAAAAACUAUAAAGCAUUAAAGCUGGUUCAACAGGAAUAGGAUUGAACAUGAAGCUUUUGUCUUUGUAAUGAUACAGCUCAUAAGCAACAAAGCACUGUAUAAAAACAGAUUUUUCAUGGUGAUGGCUGGUGGGUUACUCCUGUGGCUAAAUGCCAUCCUUCCAAAUUUCCAAUGGUAGCAGCAGUGGUGGAUUCUCAUUAUGAUUCUACACUCUGGAACUGAUAACAUUUGAGAUUAUCCUCAAUAUUUGUUUCAAUAAAGAAACAAAGUAAUCCCCUCUUUACCAAGCCAUACAUACAAAAAAUAAAUGAAAUUUUAUCAACACAUGCAAGUGGUGAAGACUCGUAGAGAUAAAUAGGCAUACAUAAAAGGGCAAACUCCGGUGCAUUCGGUGCAGAGUUUUUCGUUUUGCAAGGAUUUGGGUGAAGAUUCAUAAUACAGUUUUUUUUUUUUUUU